AUGCGCGCGCUCGAGACGGACCAGCUCAAGGGUCUCUCGAACGACGAGGCGAAGAGCCGCGUGCAGACCUAUGGUCAAAACCAGCUUGAUAAGGGCGAUAGCGUCAGCAUCACCAAGAUCUUGCUGAAUCAGAUCGCCAACUCCAUGACGUUGGUCCUGAUCAUUGCAAUGAUUGUCGCUUUCGCUAUCCAGUCGUGGAUCGAGGGUGGCGUUAUUGCCGGUGUUGUUGGCAUUAACGUCUUUGUCGGCUUCUUCCAAGAGUUCUCGGCAGAGAAGACGAUGAACUCGCUUCGUUCGCUCGCGUCGCCUACCGCGCGCGUGAUUCGCUCGGGCCAGUCAGUGACGAUUGCCGCCCCGGAAGUUGUUCCGGGCGAUAUUCUCGAGCUCACGACCGGUGAUACGGUUCCUGCCGACUGCCGCAUUCUGGACAUGAUGAACUUUGAGACGGACGAGGCCCUGCUCACCGGUGAGUCGCUCCCAGUGGCGAAAGACCACUCGGAAAUUUUCCCCCCGAGCGCGGAGGGCGACGAGGUGGGCGUUGGCGACCGCCUGAACAUGGCGUACACCUCUUCGACUGUCUCCAAGGGCCGCGCGACGCUCGUUGUGACCGGCACGGGUAUGAACACAGAGAUUGGUCGGAUUGCCAACGCGCUGCAGGGCGCCUCGAAGGGCAACAAGAUUCGCGAGGUCAAGCGCAACGCAUACGGCAAGGCCCGGCCCCACCACUACGUCCAGGCCGGUGCCCUGACUGUCUGGGACCAGGUCCUGGCAUUUUUGGGCCUGACCAAGGGUACCCCGCUCCAAAUUCUCCUCGCCAAGCUCGCCGUGCUCCUUUUUAUUAUUGCUGUGAUCUUUGCGAUUAUUGUAUUUGCUUCUAACAACUGGUCGGACACCGAGGUGAUUAUCUACGCUGUUGCCACCGGUGUCUCGAUGAUUCCCGCCUCGCUUACGGCUGUCCUAACCAUUACCAUGUCGAUGGGCAGCCGCGCGAUGGUCAAACGUAAUGUGAUUGUGCGCAAGCUCGAGUCGCUCGAGGCGCUUGGCUCGAUCACGGAUAUUUGCUCAGACAAGACGGGUACCCUCACCCAAGGCAAGAUGGUUGUCAAAAAGGCCUGGCUUCCUUCGAUUGGCCAAUUGGCCGUGUCGGAGAGCAGCGAGCCGUUCAAUCCCAAGAACGCCGAUGUGACGCACAUGGGCGGCAACCCUGCCGAGGAUGAAGAAGGACUUCACCAAGAUAUCCAAGGCGAUGUUGUCGCAAGCGAAGGCGCUGCCAAGGACCUCGACCAAGACAAAUACAAGCCGCUGGUCCAGUAUAUUACGGUUGCGUCGAUCUGCAAUCUGGCCAAGGUGUUUUACGACUCGGAAAACAACCAGUGGGAAGCGCACGGUGACCCCACCGAGUGUGCACUGCAGACGUUUGCGUGCCGCUUUGACAUGGGCUCUGACAAGCUCAAGGUUCCCCACGAGGACGAUAACGAGAAGGGGCACAGCAGCGCCGAGUGGAAGCUGGUCUCCGAAUACCCCUUUGACAGCAGCGUCAAGCGCAUGGCUGUUACCUACACCAACUCUAACACCGGCCAGAACCGUGCGCUGAUGAAGGGUGCUGUGGAGAUGGUCAUGCAGGCCUGCACGGACGUGCAACUCGAGUCGAGCAAGGAGCCGCUCGAGGAGGACAUGAAGGAAAACAUUCUGAGCCAGAUGGAGGCGCUCGCCAAGCAGGGUCUGCGUGUCCUGGCGCUCGCGAGCCGUGAGCUGUCUGACUCGGAGGCGAGCAAGGGCUCGGAGCUCAGCCGCGAGGCGGUCGAGUCCAAGAUGACCUUUAUCGGUCUCGCCGGUAUUUACGACCCUCCCCGUCAGGAGAGCAAAGGUGCCGUGGAGACCUGCCACCGCGCUGGUAUUGAAGUACACAUGCUUACGGGUGACCAUCCCGGCACGGCGCGUGCCAUUGCUGAGCAGGUCGGUAUUCUGUCGCCGGCUGGCCGCCUGGCGCGUCACCAUUCGCAGGAUGUUAUGGAUGCGCUCGUGAUGACUGCUACACAGUUUGACCGUCUUACGGACGAGCAGAUCGACCGUCUUCCUGUCCUGCCCCUGGUUAUUGCCCGUUGCGCGCCCCAGACCAAGGUCCGCAUGAUUGAGGCACUGCACCGCCGUCGCCGCUACUGUGCGAUGACUGGUGACGGUGUAAACGAUUCGCCCUCGCUCAAGCUUUCGGAUGUGGGUAUUGCGAUGGGUCAGGCUGGCUCGGAUGUGGCCAAGGAUGCGUCUGACAUUGUGCUGACGGACGACAACUUUGCCUCGAUCGGCAACGCGAUUGAAGAGGGCCGCCGCAUGUACAACAACAUCCAAAAGUUUGUGCUGCAUCUGCUCUCGCAGAACGUCGCCCAGGCCUGUGUGCUGCUGAUUGGUCUUGCCUUUAAGGAUCACACUACGCUCUCCGUCUUCCCGCUGAGCCCUGUCGAGAUUCUUUACAUUAUCAUGGUUACGAGCGGUUUCCCUGCGAUGGGUCUCGGUAUGGAGCAGCCUGCGCCGGAUAUCAUGGAGCAGAAGCCCAACACAUCGCGCUUUGGUAUCUUUACGGUGGAGAUGCUUACGGACCUGCUCGCGUACGGCCUGUGGAUGGCUUCGCUCUGUCUUGCCACGUUCUCGCUGAUUGUCUACCGCUGGGGCGGUGGCGACCUGGGUUCGGACUGCAACAACUCGUACAACGACUCGUGUGACGUUGUUUUCCGUGCGCGCGGCGCGACGUUUACCGUGCUCACCUGGUUCUCGCUUUUCCUUGCGUGGGAGGUGGUCAACAUGCGCCGCUCCUUCUUCCGCAUGCACGACGACUCGUCAAUCUUUGUUCAAUGGUUCAAGGACACCUGGAGGAACAAGUUCCUCUUUGCCUGCGUUGUGCUCGGCUUUUUGAGUGUCUUCCCGAUCGUCUACAUUCCGGGCCUGAACCAUGUGGUGUUCCUGCACAAGCAGCCGCAAGGUUGGGAGUGGGGCAUCAUCUUUGUCUGCACCUUCCUCUUCUUUUGCGGUGUGGAGCUCUGGAAGUUUUUGAAGCGCAUCUACUUCCGCCGCAAGGCCAAGAAGGAAGAGAAAGAGGGUCUUCACCUUCACGAUGUGCCUACGAUGGAAACGCAAAAGGAGAAGGAUGAGGAGGCGUAA